AUGAACGACGACGAGACAGGUCUUCUGAUGACCGACGCAAGGAUAGGUCUCCAGAAGGUAGACGCAGAGACAGAUCUCCGGAUAAUCGACGCAAAGAAAAGCGCGCUGCCAGCCCCAGCGAUAGAUCGAGCCGCCGCCGCCACGACCGAAGUCGUUCUACCGAGCGUCGUCGAAUAUGAAGCGUUGAAACAGCUGAAGCACACCCUCGAAGCGGCGAAGCGAGAACUUGAAUUCGAGAUUGAAACCGACAAAAGC